CCCCCAGAUGGACUCUGUGCUUUCCCCUACAGACCCUCCCGGGGAACCAGGUAUCCUAGGACCCUGCCGGCCGCUCCCAGAAUUUGGGGGAAGGCUGGGCGUCAGCCCCUCAUGGCUGAGCCCCAAGCAAGCUGCCCUAAAUCCGAUCUGUGCUAGAGAACCCCCACGCUGCCUGGCGCUGCAGAACCUCCAACUUCAAACGAAGGAUAUGGGGGCUCUCUGGGACCCCUCCCCCCAGCCAGUGCGAGGCUGGCAAGGCUGGCCGGGGGAAAGGUUGCCAGGCAACCAGCUGGGGCUCCUCCCAGGGUGGCUGUGGGUGGCCAUGUUGCCUGGCAACCAGGUGCCAGUGUCCCUGGAGCCCAGAUCACACAGCUGCGCCCAGCCCCGCCCGCUCUGCCCUGGCUUUCGGGACCCCUGGGGCCCUGGCGUCAUUCCCCUCGCCUAGGACAGCUGGAGCCUCCGGUCACAAUGAGCAUUGUUCUCUCCAGGGACAGCCGGGUGAGGGUGAUGGAGAACACUGUGACCAAUGCCGAGAAGUACUUUGGCCAGCUCUGCUCGUUGCUGGCCGCCUACACCCGCAAGACGGCUCGGCUGCGGGACAAGGCUGAUCAGCUCGUCAGACAGCUCACUGACUUUGCCAACACCGAGAACCCAGAGAUGCGGGCCACCAUGAGGAACUUCGCCGAGGACCUGGCCAAGGUGCAGGAUUACCGGCAGGCCGAGGUCGAGAGGCUGGAGACCAAGGUCAUCUGCCCCCUGAAGCUCUAUGGGGCACAUAUCAAGCAGACACGGGCCGAGAUCAAGAAAUUCAAACAAGUCCAGAAGAACGAGAUGAAACAACUGGAAAAGCUGGAGAAACUGAGGCAGAAGUCGCCUUCAGAUCGACAAAUGAUCAGCCAGGCGGAGACCGGUGUGCAGAGGGCCUCAGUGGAUGCCAGCCGCAUCACCCACCAGCUGGAGGAGGUGAUCGACACCUUCCAGAAGCAGAAGCUGAAGGACCUGCAGAAAAUUUUUUCAGACUUUGUCACCAUCGAGAUGGUCUUCCACGCCAAAGCGGUGGAGGUGUAUUCCAGUGCCUUCCAGAUCCUGGAGAGCUACGACCUGGAGAGAGAUCUGGAGGAUUUUAGAACGAAGAUGCAUGGGGUUUACGGACGCUAUGAUGCUCGGCCAUUCAAGGAUACCACGCCCUCCCCAGCUGUCCCGUGGGCUCUCACUGGCCAGAGCACUCAGACCACCAUACGGAGCCAGAGAGACGAGGAGGAGGAGGAGAGCACCGAACACUCUGCUGAGGAGGACCCCGUGGAGGACCUCAGGGGACAGGGGCGGGCACCCCAGCAAUAGGACCACAGCUCCCCUGUCAGAAAGCACUCCUCCGGGUGCUCAGGGCUGAAGUGGGCUGGAGGCUCGGCUGGGUCCUUGCCCUGGGUGAGUCCCGUGUCCUCCGAGUCUCUGUUUCCUCAUCUGUGCAACAGGGACACUCGCUCACCUGACAAGUCACUCUAGGGAUCCACGGGCCUAGCCUCUGUGAUACACCACUGGUGCUCAAUAAAUGCAGGGUGCAUCUUAA